CAAGCGGAGACUCGAACAUUAUUGAUUCAAUCCAACCGUACUUCUCUUCACUAUCACAAAAUUUUGCUAUAUAUAAAAUCCAAUAACUACAUAACCAACUGAAAUACUGAACCUCUUGUCCUGGCCUCUCUUGUCCUUUCAAAACAACCUUCACUUAUUUAACUUCUCAUUUCUCUUCAAAAAUCCCAAAACCAUUCAUUCAUUCAUUCACACACCAAAAAAAAAAAAAAUCACAUACAUUAAAUCAAACAAUUAUUAUUACACAUGAUGUUACCAAACCCAACAACCACCGUCCCCGACGCCGUCGCACGCUACCACACGCACGCCGUUUCCUCAAACCAGUGUUGCUCCGCCGUCAUCCAAGAAAUCGCCGCUCCUGUAUCCACCGUCUGGUCCGUCGUCCGUCGCUUCGACAAUCCACAAGCCUACAAACACUUUGUCAAAAGUUGCCACGUCAUCCUCGGCGACGGAAACGUAGGCACUCUCCGUGAAGUUCGUGUCAUCUCCGGUCUCCCCGCCGCCGUCAGCACCGAACGACUCGAAAUCCUCGACGAUGAACGCCACGUCAUCAGCUUCAGCAUGAUCGGCGGCGAUCACAGGCUCGCGAACUACCGUUCUGUCACCACUCUUCAUCCGUGUCCGAUCUCCGAUUCCGACGGUAACCACCGCUCCGGUACGGUUGUUGUUGAAUCUUACGUCGUUGAUGUUCCGCCGGGAAACACCACUGAUGAUACUUGUGUUUUUGUUGAUACCAUUCUUCGGUGCAAUCUUCAAUCUCUCGCGAAAUUCGCCGAGAAUUUGGCCGAAACGAGAUCGAACCAACGAUAAAUUCAUUCAUCGAUGUUCGUAAAUUUUCCCUCUCUUUAUUAUUUUAACUUCUGAUUUUUACUGUUUUCAACAAUUUUUUACUUGUAAUAAUAUUAUUAGUGAUUACUAAGUUGUUAAAUAUUUUGUUAAUUUUAUCAUUGUUAGGUUAAGCAAGUUCUUGAUCGUUUUUAUUGUUUCACUUUGUUGAGAGAGUGAAAAUUGAAACAAGGAUUAAUUUCUGUAAUGUUUGAUGUAAUUAAUCUUUGUUAAUUUUCAUUGUAGUAAUUUUCAGCUGGACAAAA